AUGUAUUGCUUCAGGCAAUACUUCACAAGAGGUUUCCCCUUCACAUGGCCAAAAAGACACAGCCGAGGCAUCAAACUAUCUCAACGCUAUUACGGCAGAUCCCCACGCUGCAAAGGACGUUUAACCUUGCGGCCUAUGGGAACUGGUAUGACCCUUUGGCGCUACUUCAAUGCACCAGGGAAUGUGAUGUUUGUCACAACAAAUGUUGUCACCCUUCUCGGUAUAAUGUCUUACACUACAAUACAAAACAUGGCCCGAGAACAAGCAAUGCAAGAAUAUCUGGAACAUAAAUCGUUCGGGGAUGAUACGGUGGAUAUAGAGCUUACACAGGGCAGCCCAAGAAAACGAUAUCGAAAGGAGAACAUCAAACUCUCCAAAAACCAGCCGCCAUCAAACUGCUACGCACAACAUGCAAAGAUGUCGUUAUUUCAUCUGCUCUACUCCUUUUACAUCUGCCGGGACGUUGCCUCUGAAAACGAGGUACGAGGUAGUAGUGAGUGGAAAGAGGAGCUCGACGAUCUUCAGGACGAGGUACCAGAAAGGCACAGCUCACAUAUUUCUACGCGCAUGUUUUACCAUCUGUGGCGAAGUGAGUUUGGCCAGAUUUUUGACAACCUUAGCCGAUCACAGCAGUUUCAUAUGCCAAAUUGGAAGCACUACCCAGGUAGUUUGCAAGUGGUGUGCCAAUCGCUCUAUGACAGUGAGCUGCGAACCGUGGCCGACUUUAUCAAGUUCUACAAAGGCGUCAAACAAGGCACGCUGAAGGAGCUUUUGCGGGCUUGGUUCUAUGAUAACAUGCAGCUCUUUCAGAGUACUUCUGAUAACGAUAACGAGUAUUUCUAUCGUUACCUAGUACAGGCGUGUGAAAAUGAUGAACCGCUGUUUAACCAAUAUGCAUCGAUAAUGCUGAAUCCUAGUAACCCUCGACGUCGCGCUUUUUUCAAUCGACGCAACCAGUAUAGCAGUGCUUCUCUAGAGACGUUCGUGGAGGUUUUAAAGGGAAAUUUACGCGCUGCCGCCGGUGCGGUCGAGAAGAGCUACUACCACGAAUCGAUACUGAACCUGGUCUCGAUGCUUAGGACAAGCUGCUUCCUAGCCCAGAAUUCCAACGGCUCUCACGAAGUUCGCAUUUUGUUGCCGGGCAACAUGAAUGUCUGCGAUUCCCUGCCAUACCCGCAUACGUCUAGCGCUGACAGAUUCGCUUGCUACAAGCUUGUCAGCGAAAACGCCGAAGUCAUGGCUGUGCUUGGAGCCAUUUCGAAGCUGCCGAGCUAG